GAGUUUCGACUUCUCAUCCUGCGGCCGGGUAGCCAAUCGGACGACUUGGUCAUCAAUUUGGCAACAGAAAACUUUGCUUCAACGAAUCAAUACGUUGCGAUCUCGUACUGUUGGGGCAGUUCUGAGAAGCCAAAGGACUUACAAUGCAUUAGCCAGACCUCAAUACGAAAUCCGGGUAGCGAAGGUAUUUUUUCCACUGGUCGAUUGCCCAUCACGACCAACCUGGACCGAAUGCUGCGCACAUUGAGGUCUGAAGAAGGCUUCCUUGUUGCCUGGAUUGACGCGAUAUGUAUCAAUCAGGAUGAUGUAACUGAGAAAGCUCAGCAAAUCCAAAUGAUGCACCGGAUUUACAGCAAGGCAGCAGUCACAAUCCUUUAUGCUGGAGAAGAUGAUGAAGAAACAGUUCCUGCGUUCCAAUGCAUAAAAUGCGUUUCACCAAGAGGCCAAGAGUCCAGCGUAUCCCUUGUGAAAGCCUUCUCAAAUCUACUCUCCCGCGAUUGGUUCCAAAGAGUUUGGGUGAUGCAGGAGGUUGUGUUGUCUCCGAGAAAAAGG